AUGAGCCUGAUUAAUAGCUCUUUUCCGAACCUCAAAGGCCAAGCACUGUGGUCGGACCAGGACAACACUAUACUGUACGCUUAUGGAGGCGCAGGACUUGGAACGACAUCAGUUGACGGUGGGGAGAGUGAUGUUGACCCGCCACGGCUUACAGACGGAGCGUACAUCGAUGCGCCAGAUAUUCAAGCGGCAUACUGGUUAGGCGGUUACCAGAGUAGUGAUACAUCCCCUCUUUACGACGACGAUACCAAGAGAAUCCUGGUCUAUAUGGGUGGUGAAGUUCCUUCUAUUGCUAAAGGAGCCAACGCUACUUUGGGUUCGGACCACAUUCAGGUUUACGACAUUGCCCAAGACAAAUGGUACAAUCGAUCAACCACCGGCACCGUGGCAUCUAGAACCCAAUUCUGCGCUGCCGUUGUGCACGAUGAAUCCUCCUCGUCAUAUCAAAUCUAUGGCCGCUUAGCCUGGGCGAUCAAUUCAAGUGCUGGCUGCUACAGUGAACCUGUAUUCCUAUAUGAUGCACUGUCCGAAGUGGACCGGACGGAAUUCGAUCCUUCGUUAUCAUCAUACUCCAUCCCAUUCUCAACAUCCAACGACAUAAAAGAAUCCCCCUACCCAUCCACAUGGGCUGACCCGGCCUUGAAAUCCCUAUUCGUCUCCAACACUUCAACCGCAUCAACACCAACUCCCUCUCCCAGCGCAUCAAACUCAACAAACAAAGGCGCCAUAGCUGGCGGUGUUGUCGGCGGUGUAGCCGGUGUCGCUGCCAUAGUGGCACUGAUUUCCCUCUUCCUAUUCCGGCGCCGGAAGCAGAGCCAGGCGGCUGCAUAUCAACAGCAGACCGCGAAGGAGGAACCGUAG